AUGCCUCCUAAUCUUGACUCCAUCGAGGUGCUACACCGACCAGUAAACCGUCCGGAAUUAUCAGACAGUCGAUACGAUGGACCUGAUUCAUACACGAGUAUCCUCCCACGGGGCUUCAAAAGGUCCCCAGAAAACGCCCCAUUCCAGGUCGACACGGUCUUUGAAAAAGACGUGAAAGUAAUUUUGCGUGACGGGACCCGUAUCAGGGCUGAUGUUUUCCGUCCACAUCACGCUGCGGCGCCAGUUCCUGCAUUGAUUGCUUGGAGCCCAUAUGGCAAAAAAGGCAGAGGCCACUUUCGCUUGGACGUAGUACCCGGUCGCGUUGGCGUUCCAGUUUCCCGGCUGUCAGGGUUCGAGAAGUUCGAGGCACCAGACCCGGCGGAGUGGACAGCGCGUGGAUAUGCCAUCGUGAACGUGGACUCCAGGGGCGUUUAUGAUUCGGAGGGUGAUAUCCGCUGGUUUGGCUCUGCCGAGGGCAGAGACGGUUAUGAUGCCGUGGAGCAAAUUGCGGCAAUGCCGUGGUGCAGCGGUAAUAUUGGGCUUGUUGGGAAUUCAUGGCUUGCUAUGGCACAAUGGUUUAUCGCUGCUGAGCGCCCGCCGCAUCUGAAGUGUAUCGCGCCAUUAGAGGGUGCAAGCGACGUGUACCGUGAACUGUUGUGUCGCGGUGGUGUCCACCAAACGGCCUUUUGGGGUUAUUUGGCAGAUUUGAUGGUCGGUCGAAAUCAACAAGAAGAUGUGAUAGGGAUGCUGGAGAAAGAUCCCUAUAUCAACGAAUACUGGGAAGACAAAAGAGCGCAGAUCAGUAAAAUCAGCGUACCGGUGUACGUCCUUGCGAGUUACUCCACAUUCCUCCAUACUAUGGGGUCUUUCAGAGGGUUUGAAGAAAUCCAACAUAACGACAAAUGGCUCCGCAUCCAUCCUACACAGGAAUGGUAUGACCUUUAUCAGACUAGUACCAAUGAUGAACUUCAAUUAUUCUUCGACCGGUAUACGAAAGAAGUGCAAAACGACUGGGAAAAAACCCCCAGGGCUCGAAUCUCCCUGUUGCAAUUCAACGCGGACCCGAUCACGAACGUCCCAUGUGAUGACUGGCCAUUGGCAUCAACUGAAUAUGAAAAGCUGUUUCUUGGUGAAAAUCAGUCACUGACAAAGACCGCUCCUUUAGGCGGAGGGAGCAUUUCCUACCAGUCCGAUGAAGCCAGCCUACAGAUGGAUACUGACCGUGAGGAGCUCUCUUUUCAAUACACAUUCCCGGAUAGAGCCUUGGUUGUAGGCUGCGCUCGUGCUGUUCUAUACAUGUCAUGCGAUGACCAUGAUGACAUGGACGUAUUUGUGCAAGUGCGCAAAGCGAACAAAGAUGGCCAGAUACUUCAGAACAUCAACAUUCCUCUCAGUGAACUGAACAUGGCUUACACUGAAGUUGAUUCUGUAAAUCCGUUAAAGUAUCUCGGUCCAACAGGUGUCCUCCGGGCCAGCCAUCGUGAUAUGGAUUUGAAUCUAUGCAGCGCAUCCUGGCCCGAACAUGACUACUCUAGGAAAUCACCCGUCCCUCGUGGCAAAGUUGUACGAUUGGAGAUUGGGCUUUGGCAAACUGGCAUCGUCUUCAAUGCAGGUGAGAAACUUGUUCUCAAAGUGUCCGGCCACAAUAUGACACUGGCAGAGUUUCCUCCAUUACGGGGAGCACUUCCGAAUGGAAAUGUUGGCAGACAUUACCUCCACUUUGGGGGGUCCUGCCAAAGUCACUUAUUAGUCCCUCUAGUUGAUCUGCCGCUAGAGCCGUAA